UCAGAUCAGACCUACUGUGAUCGUCUGGUCCAGGACAUGCCUUUCCUGACAGACCAUGGGCGCCUGAGUGAACAGCAAGUGGACAAGAUCAUUCUGCAGCUGAACCGCUACUACCCACAGAUUCUUACCAACAAGGAGGCUGAAAAGUUUCGGAACCCCAGAGCAGCUCUGCGUGUGAGGCUCUGCAACCUCUUGAGCCACCUGCAGAGGAGUGGCGAGCGGGACUGCCAAGAGUUCUACCGUGCCCUGUACAUCCAUGCCCAGCCCCUGCACAGCUGCCUGCCCAGUCGGCAUGCUCUUCAAAACUCAGAUGGCACAGAGCUAGACUCGGGAGUGGAGAAAUGGGAGCUGAGUGACAGGGGACCUCUGGGUUUUCUGGCUUGCCUCAGCGUGGCUGCGGGACUGGCUCUGCUCAUGUACUGCUGCCCUCCAGAUCCCAAGGUCCUGCCAAAGGCUCGGCGCGUCCUCGGCUUCUCCCCUGUCAUCAUCGAGAGGCAUGUCAGCCGCUACCUGCUGACCUUCCUGGCCAGCAACCUGGGUGGUCCCUGA